AUGGAUCCAGGCCAUGCCUUUCACCUGGACAUGCAGCGGGCCAUUGUGGCCUCCCUGGCGAGCAUAGCACCUCCUCCGCGGGCUGCACCAGCACCUGCUCGGGCGACAGCGGGUCGGGCGGCUGGCCGCACCAGUGCGCCGCGGGCUUCGCACACUCCUCUAUUGCCACGACUGCGAGCGGCGGGCGGAUCUUCAUCUUCGCGGGCGGCGGCAGGCACAGGGCCGCGACUGGGGCGGCGCAAUCAGCUGGCGCGCGAGGGCAUCUUGCCACGGUCCACGUCUGGUCCGGGCUCGUCGGGUCCGACAUCGGCGCCAAAGUCGGCGUCGCCGGUGCGGACAAGUGCAAGCGGCCGAUCGGCGGGCCGACGGGCUGGCGAUGGCCGUGGGCGAGCAAGCACAGUCUCGCCAUCGGCGCUGAGUCAGCGGCGGCGGCGCAAGGAGCGGGCGCGCUGUGGCGGCGACGGCGGCGGCGACGACAGCGGCGUAUGGAUCGACAAGACUGGAAAGGGCAUGAUGCGGCGGCGCGGGCGAGUGUGGUGCCUCGACUCGACCAUUUCGAUGUUCUACGGCGUGGUGUAUACGCCGUCGGUGGCGUCUCGGCCGGUGGCCAAGUCGCGGUACUCGUUCUCGCUCACCGCGAUUGUGUCCAAGGUCAACCGCGCCGAUCCACAGACGCUGUACAUUGUGCUCAAGUGGGGAACAGGCAAGGGCCUCAACUGCGUGGCGCUCGCUGUGUCGACAGCCAAGUACCUUUGGUCGGCGCUGCAGUUUCGGGCUGACCGCAGGCUCAAGCCGAACAUCCCCAUCGACAUCACCAUCGACGUUGACGGCUCGCAUGUUUCACUCUACGGCAACUCAGUGUGCAUUUUUGACAGCCUCGAUCUCUCCCAUUGCACCGACGCACUUGACGGGCCCAUCGGCCUCGGCAUCUACCGCGGCCUGGUCUCGAUCAACAGCAUUGCGCUCGUUCCGUUGGUCGACUCGCCGUUUGCUGGUACCGGGGGCCAUGUACACGGCUUGGCUCGAGGCAAGCACAAGAGCAAGCGCAAGGGUAAGGGCAAGACCGACGCGUCGGCGGGCGGCGAUGAGCCGAGCGCGGCCUCUCCGCCGCUGGCCCGCCGCGGCAAUCAGCCGUUCCUCACCGGGCCAACCAUCACUGGCGCAACCAAGAGCCCGGGCGGGCCGAGUUCGGUCUCGCCGUCCAAGGUGCGAGCGAGCCACUCCCGACGGCUUGACUCGCCUGUCCGGCGGCAGCCGCCGCGUCGCAUAGACAGCAGCUCUAGUUCGGCAGACUCGCUGACAUCGAGCUCAUCGUCGAGACCGCGACGGCCGACGAGGCGGACGCACAAGGCUUACGGCUCGAGCGCAGGCUCGUCGAGCUCAUCGAGCUCGUCGUCGAGCGAACCUGUCCGGCCAGUGGAACGCUACCAGGCGCCGAUUCCGACGGACGCGCCGCUGGUGGAGAUGAUCGAGACGUACAUGCUCGAGGACGACCCGAAUGUGAGCUGGGACGACAUCGCCGGGCUCGACGAGGCCAAGCGAGUGCUCCAGGAGGCUACAAUGGUGGCGCGGGCGGUGGCGUCCGAGUGCGAGACGACGUUUUUCAACGUCUCGUCGUCGACGCUCACCUCCAAGUGGCGCGGCGAGUCAGAGCGGCUGGUGCGGGUGCUGUUCGACAUGGCGCGUCACUAUGCGCCAUCGACCAUCUUUAUCGACGAGAUCGACUCGAUUGCGUCCAAGCGCGGUGGGCAGGGCGAGCACGAGGCGUCGCGGCGGGUCAAGUCGGAGCUCCUGGUCCAAAUGGACGGGGUGAACACAGCCGUGGCCGAAGCCGCUGCGUCGGCAGAGGGCAGCAGCGGGCCGAUGAAGCUUGUUACCGUCCUCGCUGCCACCAACUACCCGUGGGCACUCGACGACGCCAUGCGAAGGCGGCUAGAGAAGCGGAUUUACAUCCCGCUGCCGAACUUGGAGGCCCGGCAGCGGCUGCUGACCAUCAACCUUCAGUCGGUGGUGUACGACGAGGCGGCGCUGGACCUUUGCGAGCUUGCACGACGGAUGGACGGCUACUCGGGCGCCGACAUCACCAGCGUCUGCCGCGACGCUGCGCUCAACAAGCUUCGAAAACGCAUCAAGGGCCUUUCGCCGAAGCAGAUCCGCAAGCUCAAGUCCGAGGAUGUUGACGAGCCAGUGACCAUGGACGACUUUGACACGGCGCUCGCCAACGUCUCGGCUUCAGUCAACCGCAACGAGAUCGCCCGCUUUGAGGCCUGGCACGCCGAGUUUGGCUCGGAGUAG